GAAUUCCAAAUUUCUCGUCCCUGAUACCUCACACCGGGCCGCCACACAAAAUCCCCACACCUGCCUGCGUAUCGCGCUGCCCACCCACCGCACAUCCCCGCCUCCCGCCGGCCGGCCGCCCGCCUAACGACUCGCGGUCACCGCCUGCGGGCCACCGUCCGCCCCCAGCUCGCUUACGAUAUUGUACGUUCGUGGCGCGGAGCACCGUGGUGUUGGCCUAGUACGUCGAUUUCACGGUGACUUCACCACCAUUGCCGCCCAGUGGCUGCAGAAGCUCCCCGCCAGCAACAAGUUCACCUACAACUGCGACGGCCACACCUUCAGUUACCUCAUAGAGAAAGGAUUUAGUGAGUAGCUUUCAUCCCGUCGCUCCGCUCCGCCUUAUUCCAUCGGAAUCUGCACCGCCGCGGGCUCGAAUCGGGUUCGGCUUGCUUGGAUCUCGCGGGGUUCGCCUCGAUCCGCUAGAUGGUAUCAGGUUCGUUCGGUAGUCUCGUGUUAUUCUGGAUUUGAUGGGAUUGUACUGCGUUCAGCGUUCUCAUGCCUUAUCUGGGGAUAAAAGCACUGGCAUAUAUUUCUCAGAUGGAUCCAUGCGGGAUAUGUUGCUCCUGUUUUUAAUCAUGGAAAGGGUUGGCUAUUUUGCCGAUUCUAUUGGUGUUAGUUGAUGCCGUGGCUUUGUAGCUCUAUUUUGCUUUCAUUUGCUAUUCGUUUGUCACAUAAGAAAUUGCGGCAUACUAUAGUAGUAUUAUGUGAUAAGGAAUGUUGUAAUAUCAAGUUCUCAGCGACUGAUAUGAGUUAGGCGUCCAUUUCAAAACAUUGUGUUGAUCUAGAGUAAAACUCAGAUGAAAGCACCCGUCAGUAAGAUUUCUUCAUGGCAAUACAGAGCUCAAGUAGCCAAGUGUGUCUUUUAACAUGUAGCCCGGAGUCCCUGGACUUAUCAUACAUUCACUACGUAAUUUCCAUCCAUUCAUCUCCUUAACUAACUUAAGUGGGAAAACAGCAAAGGGUGUUACGGCGACUGAAUCUAUGUCACAGACUCAAUAUAUAUUCGAUUAUUCUUUAAAAAUGUAAUAUUAUUAAGAAUUGAGAAGACCCUUGGAACUGUAAGUGCAGGUUCAGACUAAUUCUUGAAGUCCUUGGUGCUGCAGAUUCAGACUCACUUACCAAACUGCAGAUUGAUACCUUUUCUUCAGAAAAACUUUUUGGAGCAAUGUUGUGUUCCAAAAAUUAUCUAAGCCUGCAAUCCACUUGUCAAAAUUUUGAAGCACAUCUUUUUAAGGUGUUGCCGAAUAGAGAGAUUGAAUACCUAUCGUUAAAAUAUAAUUCAUAAUCACAACUGACGAUGUGAUAUCGUGUUAGUUAUUGAGUAAUUUUUGUAGCCUCUUUUUGUGUCAACCUCCAUCUACAUGGCUGCUUUGUUCUCUAGUGUUUUAAAACUUCUACCCAGAAAGUAGUUAAAAAUGAUAUGAGGAUGCCCGAAAAUGAAUAUAUUGACACAACACCAAUAUUUAUGUUGAAUCUUAUACAGCAGGAAGGGAGGUGAGCACCUAUUGUAGGUUAGCACCAAUUUAAUUAGCUGGAGUUUACUGCAUCUUAGUGAAAAGAAUAGAGUUCAUUUGGCUUAAUCUGUUUAGCUUACAACUGGGAACUGGCAGGUGUGGGAUUAAUCUGGACUUGGAUAAAUGAAGUAUAAUGCAAGAAAUGUGGGCAAAUAAUACCUUGGCUGUGUGGUGGAGAACAAGGUGUUUUGCAACUAACGGCUCUUACGUUUACAAGUUUGUGUUUUCUUUAACCCUUGAACAUUGAAGUGAAUUGUGUUGCCACAUUGUUUAUGCAUUAUAGGUAUGAAAGUAUAUUUAUCCUGGCAAAAGAUUAUGUUAGUUUUUGUGCCUAAAGACCAUUUAUUUCUUUUAGUUCUUUAAAUGAAUAGCUCUAGCUUUGCAUGUACUGAAAUUCAUUAUGCUCUUGCUGUACUUGUAGCUGCUUGCUAAUGUCAACUAAAACUACCUGUUGCCAACUUGAUGAGUUGUGUGUUAAGCUUGUUUCUCUGAACAUGUUUUUUUGCCUAAUUGUCAUGGCAAAAGAAAGAAAAGAAAAAGAAAACCGAGAGAUAAAAAAAGAGAAGUCUGACCCAAUUGCCCUGGAAGCAUUGCAAUCUCCUGCCGUCCUGUGUUCACACACUGUUUGCCAUAUUCUCUCGUUCACCUUGCCUGGCCCUGCUCGAUUCGGCCACUUUCAUGGAGCCAGGUGUCUGCAUCACUGGGGCGGGGCCUAGUGUCAGCGCAACCAAACACGCCGGUGACUGUCGCCACCCUUCUCCCAGCUGUCAGGUCUUCGUUGGGCCCUUUGCCCACGACGAGCACCUGCCACACCAACGGGUGUGUUGAUAUUUCCUUGGGACAUGAAAAUGCAAGUUUUUUUUGUUUGUAAAAGGAAUCCCAUUAAGUUUACUGCUGCUACCAUUUAAAGGGCAGAACUGCCGGUCUUCAAGCUCUUUGUUACUCCUGAUCAUCUGUGGCACAAUUGUCAUCGGGCAAAAUGCCAUCAGUUUAUCUCUACAUCCCUAACAUUAUCGGGUAUUUUAGGAUCAUCAUAAAUUUCAUUGCAUUUGCGGUUUGCUAUUCCAACAAGGCUCUCUUUGCUGUCUUGUACUUCUUCAGCUUUGUCCUUGAUGGUGUGGAUGGUUGGUUUGCACGGAAGUUUAAUCAAGCAUCAACAUUUGGAGCAGUGUUGGACAUGGUUACAGAUAGGGUUAGCACUGCUUGUUUAUUGGCCCUUCUUUCCCAGUUUUACAGACCUGGUUUAGUCUUCUUGAUAUUGCUCGGGUUGGAUAUUACGAGCCACUGGUUUCAGAUGUACAGUUCUUUCUUGUCAGGUAAGACUAGCCACAAGGAUGUAAAACACACAGGCAAUUGGCUUCUGAAAUUAUAUUAUGGGUACAGGCCAUUCAUGGCCUUCUGCUGUGUUUCUUGUGAGGUUUUGUAUAUUAUCCUCUUUCUCUUUGCUGAUGAGAAGUCAACAAGCUUGCUUAGUGCAUGCAAAGGUCUCCUGAACCAAAGCCCCAUCAUUAUCUUGGUGUUUAUUUCCACAUUAGUUGGCUGGGCAGUGAAACAAGUCACCAAUGUCAUCCAGAUGAAAACGGCUGCGGAUGCAUGUGUUGUGUACGACCUGAAGCGCAGCAAAUGAAAAGCAUGAAGGGAAAACUCUACGGUUUAACUCAGUCCUGUGUGGACGUAUCCAAAGGGAAAAACUCUCCGAGGGGAUACGUCUUACGUUCCUUGACAUCUUUCUGAUGAUGCCUUACGUGGGGCCAGAGGAUGACAUGCCGUGGGAAGAGCAGCAUGUCAUAAAGAGAACCAACGCAAACAAUUGUUUUGUGAAGGCGGCUAUUGAUUUGUUGUCAAGAGUGUUUUAUUAUGUCAUACAAAUGAUGAAUUGAUGAUGGUACCUUUGUUACCUGGGCUAGCCCUUUGUGUCAACAUGAAAGAUGCUUACGAGCCACAUGUUCCCUUCUGAAAUGAAGGUUUUGAGUUGCAAAAAUUUACAUAUUCCCUUCUGAAA